AUGAGUUCCUCCAGGAAUCGAGUUUUGAUUUUUACUGCCAUUUUCUUUUGUCUCUUCUUGCAUUUUCCUUCUCAGACCGAGGCAAUGUCUGGAAGCAAGAGUUUGAAAAUCAUGGCUCGGAUUUGCAAGCGAACCGAGAACAUUAAAUUAUGCCUGCAGACUCUGUUGUCCCGCCCACAAGCAUUGCUUCACUAUGAUUUGAUGGGCAUGGCGGAGAAUGCCAUACAACUAACAAGAAAAGAAUCGAAUGAUACAGUCAAUUUCUUUAUUAACUUGGCCAGCAGCAAAGACACAAACCCCGCAUUUAAGCCGGCACUUAACAAUUGUAUAUCCAGUUUUAAAGAGGGGUUAAUGUUCUUGAACCUCGACGGGCUGGAAGGUCAGACGGCAACCUUUGAUAUUCAUAAUGCUUAUGAUAAAUCUAAUGCUUGUGAAAAAGGUUUGUCUGCAAACAAAGUUGCAAUUGACUUGGUUCCUGCUAGAAUCAAGAAAUGGAAGGACGUCUUUUCAGUUGCAAUGGCAGCAACAGGAGUUCUUGAAGACUCUCUUCCAAUCCCUGAAUAG